GUCUUUUUUACUGUCUCAUUCUCAUAUACUCAAGACAGUUACUAUUGUAUCAGCAGUGACAUACCAGAACUUCUCAAGUUUGAGUUUUUCAAGUCUCAAUCAAGAAAAAGCUAGCAAAACCCCCACAAAUGUAUUGCAAUUACUUGAACUUAAGAUUCCUACUUCCAAUUUGAUCUUUAAUGGCCACCAUCUCUCAAUCAUUUCUUAUUCCCAGUAACCCAAUUCAGCAAACUUCAAACGCCAGGAAAUUAAGAAUUACUUACUGUUUAUCAUUUAAAGAAACAAGUAAUCAAGAUGCCAAUGUCGAAAAUUGGAGAGAUGAUCUCAGGAUUAUGUUUGCUGCUGGUGGAACUGGUGGUCAUAUUUAUCCAGCAAUUGCUAUUGCAGAUCAACUCAAGAUUAUGGACCCUAAAACACAGAUUCUUUUUAUCGGAACCCCGAAUGGAAUGGAGAGCAUUGCUGUCCCGGCUGCUGGCUACGAUUUUAGAACUGUUCCAGCUUCCCCAUUAGCCCGUCCCAUAAUUUCGCUUCAAAAUUAUUUUGUCUUUCCCUUUCAACUAGCGAAAUCUGUGGUAUUAAGUUUUCAGGAAUUGGAAAAGUUUGAUCCUGAUAUUGUUGUUGGGACUGGUGGGUAUGUGUCGUUUCCUGUUUGCUUAGCUGCUGCGCUAAAAGGAGUGAACUUGGUUAUUCAAGAGCAGAAUUCAGUGCCUGGGAUUGCAAAUUGGUGGUUGUCGUUUAUUGCAAAUAAGGUGCUGGUUGCAUUUCAUUCGACAGUUGAUAGUUUUGUGAUGAAGAAAAAGUGUGUGGUGUGUGGGAAUCCUGUAAGGUUGUCGUUGAUGCAAUAUGUCUCCAGAGCUGUUGCAAGAAUGCAUUUCUUUCCUAGGGCAGGGCAUCCGGAUGCUAAAGUUUUGCUGGUUCUUGGAGGGUCCUUAGGCGCAAAUGCAAUAAAUAUUGCACUCUUGAACUUGUACUAUGAGUUGCUUGAGAGAAAGAAUAUUUUUAUCAUUUGGCAGACUGGUGUUGAAGCAUUUGACGAGAUGGAAAGUCUAGUGAAAAAUCAUCCAAAUGUGAUUCUAACAGCGUUCUUGCAUUCUAUGGAUCUGGCAUAUGCUGCUGCAGAUCUUAUUGUUUCAAGGGCUGGGGCAAUGACUUGCUGUGAGAUCUUGGCCACUGGAAAGCCUUCCAUUCUGAUACCAUCACCAGAUGUGGCAGAAGGCCAUCAAUUCAGUAAUGCUUCUUUAAUGGCAGACUUAGCUGGGUCACGGAUUAUAACUGAAGAUGAGCUUGAUUCAAUUACACUUGAAGCAGAAAUUUCAGAAAUCUUAGAUAAUGAGUAUUUAAUGGCUGAAAUGUCUCAGAGGGCUCUGCAGGCAGCCAAGCCCAAUGCUUGUGCUGAAAUUGCAGAACAGAUCAUUGCUCAAGUUAAAUUAUCGACAGCAAAGUAAUUGGGAACUAUCAGAGAAUGAUAAGUAUAGAUUAUAACCAGACAGAUAUUUCAGGUGUGAACCUCAGUUGUACUUUAAUUUUUUGUGCACCAAAAUAUGUAUACCCUCGUCUAUUGGAGCACCAGAUAAUUUACGAAACAGAGUGAAGCAAUGAACCUAAAGAAUAGUUUGCUGA